UCAAGCAGGCGGCUACGUGCGAGUCACCGCGCUUACGUGGAGUCGUUUGGACAAACUCUCGCGAGAUGAGACUUUGUGAAGUCGAAAUUUUCUGAAAGGCAGAAGGCAGGGAUCUUGCAAUGAGCAGCUUUGCGGGACGUGUAAGUAGCGAUCCGGAACUGCUGACUGUUGAAGGAAAAGCAGGACUGCCGGGCAGUGUAUAUGCCCAACAUCAUUUGUGCCACGUUGUUUUAUUAUAAGUGGGUAUAAAGUAUUAACUCAAGUAUAUCUAUCUGGCUGUCAUCGCUCAGAAGGAAGGCAAGUUUACAGCUGAACUAAUACAUGGUGCAAAUCCGUAAUUGAGUCUAUAUGAAAUCUUCACAUGUGGAAUGUAAAGAUUCUAUGAGCCCACUGAGGAUCAGUGUGGGUGGUCUUCCAGUUCUGGCUUCCAUGACGAAGACAGCGGACCCCCGUUUCAGGCCACGCUGGGGUGCUAUUCUUCUCUCGGGGGUCGGUGUUGCAUUAUUGCUGUUUCUUCUCUGUUACCAUCGCUCCUCAGGGCCACGGACGGCAAUCUCAAAUGCCCACAACUGGAGGAUGGGGCAUCAUGUGGCUGAGGGGCUCUAUAAUGACACUUACCCACUUACUCCUCCACUCAGAACUCCAGAGGGUCUUCGCUAUCUUAUUGCAAUAAUUGCCGAUUUGGAUACAGACUCUCGAAGUACCAAGGCUAAUACUUGGAUCAGCUAUCUGAAAAGGGGUUAUCUAACUCUGUCUAGUAGUGGAGAUUUUGUGUCGGUCGAAUGGGAGAAAGAGGACAUUGUGUUGGAAACGCACCUUGCAGAAAAGGGACGCGGAAUGGAGCUUUCAGAGCUGAUUGUGUUUAAUGGGAAGCUGUAUUCUGUGGAUGACCGCACAGGGGUGGUUUAUAGAAUUGAGGGAAGUAAAGCUAUACCUUGGGUCAUACUCCCAGAUGGAGACGGGACUGUGGGCAAGGGGUUCAAGGCUGAGUGGCUGUCAGUUAAGGAUGAGCAGCUGUAUGUUGGUGGUUUGGGAAAGGAAUGGACUACUACAUCCGGGGUGGUGCUAAAUGAAAAUCCUGAAUGGGUGAAAGUGAUUGGACCACGGGGUGACAUCCAGCAUCACAACUGGGUUUCAAAUUACAACUUGUUGCGAUCAGCAGCUGGCAUCGAACCACCAGGAUACCUGAUUCAUGAAUCUGCAGAAUGGAGUGACUCUUUGCAGAGUUGGUUCUUCUUGCCCCGUCGUGCCAGUCAAGAACAAUACAGUGAAAAGGAGGACGAGCAGCGCGGUUCCAACAUUCUUCUUCGUGCUUCUCCUGACUUCUCAGACAUCAAAAUGUCCCACGUGGGAACACUGAAUCCCACUCAUGGCUUCUCCUCCUUUAAAUUCAUUCCAGGCACAGAUGAUCAGAUCAUUGUGGCUCUGAAAUCAGAAGAGGAUAAUGGCAAAGUAGCCACAUAUAUAACUGCAUUUACAUUGGAUGGUAGAAUUCUCUUACCCGAGACUAAAAUAGGAACUGUUAAAUAUGAAGGAAUUGAGUUCAUCUGAAAUCUCAUCUAAGAUUUAAUCAAUUUAAUCAGACAUUGGGAUCUCCACUAAAGUCAAUUAUCAAACUCCAAUUAAAAAAGGAACACAUUAUAGUGAAUUGGGCGAUUUAUUUUCUGACAAUGAUAUGAAUGAAUUCAAGUGGCUAUCAUGUCCUUCGUUAUCAAAAGGAGCCUCGUCGAUUUGUCAGGGUGCCUGAUAUGCUUUUAUUAAACAAUGUUUUUUUUAUUA